GCGCUGCAAUUUUUAAACUAGUGUCCCCCCCCCUCGUCAGUGAUGGCGGCUUCGCUUCGUUGUGUCUCCGCUAGCUGUAAUAACAAAUGGUACUACAGCCGGCAAGAGAUCGACAACAACCCAUCUCGGCGAGCCGGGCUCGACCCGGACAAGGAGCUGUCGUACAGGCAACAGGCGGCCAACCUGCUGCAGGACAUGGGCCAGCGGCUCAACGUGUCCCAGCUGACCAUUAACACGGCCAUCGUGUACAUGCAUCGCUUCUACAUGGUCCAGUCGUUCACCAGAUUUCACCGCAACGUCAUUUCUCCAGCGGCUCUUUUCCUGGCCGCCAAGGUGGAGGAGCAGCCCCGAAAGCUGGAGCACGUUAUCAAGGUGGCCCACGCCUGUCUCAAUCCGCAGGAGCCCUCGCCGGAUGUACGCAGCGAUGCCUACCUGCAACAAGCCCAAGACCUGGUCAUUCUUGAGAGCAUAAUACUCCAGACCUUGGCGUUUGAAAUCACCAUCGACCAUCCGCACACGCACGUCGUCAAGUGCACCCAGCUGGUCCGAGCGAGUAAGGAUCUGGCGCAGACGUCUUACUUCAUGGCAACCAACAGCCUCCACUUGACCACCUUCUGCCUGCAAUACAGUCCGCCCGUGGUGGCCUGCGUGUGCAUCCAUCUGGCCUGCAAGUGGUCCAACUGGGAGAUUCCCGUGUCGACGGACGGCAAACACUGGUGGGAAUAUGUUGACCCCACCGUGACCCUCAAGCUACUGGAUGAGCUCACACACGAGUUCCUGCAGAUUCUGGAGAAAACGCCCAGCCGAUUGAAACGGAUUCGCAACUGGAAGGCGGGAGGUCAGACGCCAAAGGCCAAGCCGAAGGUCCAGGAGGAGGGAGAGCAGCGGGACGCCAUGUUGAGCAUGAUCUCCAUGGCCUCGUCGGAGAGCACCGUGGCGGGCCUGAUGAGCCUCUCGGCGCCGCCCUCCGCCUCGGCGGCGGACGAGGGGAGGGGGACGCCGGGCAGCGCGCCCACCUGGAGCGGAAAAGGCCAGGGGGGCCCCGAGCAGCCAUCGGGCCACGAGGCGCACGCCCCCGCCAAGGUGUCGUUGAGCGAGUACCGCGCCAAGAACGCCGACGUGCUGGCGGCGCAGAAGAGGAAGUUGGAGAACAUGGAGGCCAGCGUCAAGCGGGACUAUGCCAACGCUGCCCAGGUUCUCAUUGGUCAGCAGCAGAGGAAGGAGAAGCAGCAGCAGCACUCGGGCUCGUCUUCCUCGGACCCGGCCAACCCGUCGCCCAUCAUUCUGAAAAUCCCGCUGGAGAAGGAGAGACACGAUCGGAGCUCGCUGAAAAUGAGGUUCCCCCUCAGCGGCGGAGGCGGCGCCCGGGGGCCGGAGCAGGACAUCAAGGUGCGCAUUCGCGUGCCCGACAAGCAACGGGGGAGCUCGGCCGAGGACGGCAAGAGCAGGGACAAGCACAGGGGGGGGGAGCGCUCCAACCACCACCACCACUACUACCAUCACCACCACCACCACCACCACCCUUCCUCCAGCAGCACCUCCCUGUCCUCUUCGCACAAGCACUCGUCCGCUUCCGCCGGCGCGGUAGGAAGUGGCAAGAAGCUCCCCGGCGACUCAUCCCGGACGACCUCGUCGUCCUCGCGCAAGAGGACGCACCCCCAGGACCCGUCGGCGGGAUCCCACCCCGCCGCCAAAGUGAGCAAGGCUUCCCGCAAUCCCUACCACCUGCCCCCCCUCUCGUCCUCCUGCGACAUCCUGCCGGCGCUGGGCCUCCCCGCCCACCCCCCGGGGGGCUACUCGCACCCCAAAGGCGACAGGACGGACACCAACGGGCACGGCGCCGCCCAGUCUGACGAGUACCAGGACACGUUUGAAAUGUUGAACUCUCUCCUGAGCGCCCAGGGGGUGCAGCCCUCGCAGCCGUCCGUCUUUGACUACAGGUCCCAAUACGGGGACUACAAGUACCCGGGCGGGACCCGGGGGGCCGGCGCUCGACCCCCGCCCCUGCCUUCAGACCCCCCGCCCCCGCUUCCGCCCUUGCCCAAAUGACUCGCCGUCUGCUUCGCUCCGUUCGAAGGUUUUCACGAUUGUCAGAUGAGCCGCACGUCUGUGUAACGUGCGGCACGCGCGAAUCAUGUGUGGCAGACGACUAUGAUCCAUUUUUAUUUUUGCUGAGAAGGCUUGAAAAGCUUCUUCAUGUCCCCAGGAGGGUGUGCUUUGGCUGCCAUUGUUCACCCCCCCAAUCCGCAGAUUGAGAGGAUAUUAAGGACGUUCGAUUUGAUCGCCACGCACAGGUUGUUGUUUGAUCCUGUUUUUUUCCCCUCUCUUGCGCUCUGUCGUGCCCCCCCGACACCCCUUUCUUCAUAAGAUACAUUUAUAGACACUCGUUUUUUUUAUUCCCCCCCCCCCCAACCACCACAACAAUCAACAAUACAUACUGUGUAGACGUGACUGAGUCAGUCUCCAAAGCAGCCGUGACCCAAAAAGAUGGCCGUGGCGUUUAUUUGCCAAAUUUGGUAAAUGUGUGCAAAGAUUGUAAAAUGUACAAAACAUGACAUAUUUUUACACUUUGUUAAAAAAAAAUCACGAUGUAAAUGAUCAGCUUUUUAAAAUUGUUUCAAGUAUUGCAGUCAUUGUUUUAAAUGGUUGUGAAAAGAUGUUCAGCAUACCUCUGGACAGACACGGAGGGCAGACGUGUUUUGUGGGUCAAAAUUGUCGAACGCAAUGUGCCGAUUUUGAAUGGUUGAACCUUGGAAUUUCUCUUGUCAGGUUUAGAUUUAGGAUGAAGGUGACCAUAACAAGUUUCUGAUUAACCAACUGUUGGCUGUCUUUGGUGUAGGUUUUUUUGUGGAAAUCCAGUUUUUGCCUGUGAGCUAAUACUGGUCUGAUGUAAUCCUAUUCAAGUUGAUGUCUCGCUCCGUUUGCGUUGUACGCUGAACUAACCUGUUGAGCUCCAAGGUCUGCUUCUGUCAAGAACGAUCCCGUUGGCCUGUGAGGACAAAGAGGAGGAUGCAUUCAAUCUUGUUGCGUUUCAACACCGGCUGUGGUUUUCAGCCGGGCUACAAAUGACCUCUUUUAUAUAUUUUAGAUUGUACGUCGGCUUCAUGGCUUUGAAACAACGCCACACAAACUACGGUGUUGGAAUCAUGUUUAUAUCUGGAGAGAGUAAAUGCACUGAAAAGUUGCACUGCGGUUUUUCUGCAAUGCAAGUGCGAAUCUAACUUUGUUUUGGGGGGGGGGGAUUAAAAAACAUUUAACCUGACAACUGCCAUGCAACACAGCAAUGCAAAUCACUUUCUUUACCAGAGCUUUUCCCGCAUUUUAGAGUUUUGUAAUGUACCCAGGACUGGUCGUCAAUGACGUGUUAGCGGAAGUUCUUCCAGGUAACCUGUUGUAUGUGAACUCAUAUACAUCUCUCUCUGUCUCUCUCUAUAUAUAAUUUUUUUCAUAUUAAAGUCAAUGCAUACUUUAAGGGAA